GUGAAGGCUUAUGGUCCAGGUUUGGAGAGGACUGGCUGUAUAGUGAACAAUCCUGCUGAGUUCAUGGUUGAAACCAAGGAUGCUGGGAAAGCUCCUCUGAAGAUGUAUGCACAGGAUGGAGAAGGAAACCCUAUUGAUAUCCAGAUAAAGAGUAGGCCUGAUGGAGUGUUUGCCUGUUCCUAUGUGCCAGUUAAACCAAUCAAACACACAAUUUCUGUUGUGUGGGGAGGAGCUAAUGUACCCAACAGCCCCUUCAGGGUCCUGAUUGGUCAGGGUAGUCAUCCUCAGAAAGUGAAAGUGGUUGGACCUGGCGUGGAGAGAACUGGCCUGAAAGCCAACGAGCCGACGCACUUCACUGUUGACUGCACGGAUGCCGGGGAAG